AUGCCUCUUGAGAGCCAAGGUAGAUUCGAGUCUGAUACGGGGUCGCCAUAUAGCCAAGGUAUUGCGUCUCCGCCAAGUUUCGCCGGCUCUGAGGACUCGGUUCCUGCGCUAAACCUGUCUGGGUCUCCUUCCCCGAUGGGCCGACGAGUAUCACUGUUAUCAAACACGUCAAUCGCCGAUUCCGUUCCUGCGACUCCUACUGGCCACUUGAUCGAACAGACUAGAGUUGAUCACGACCCGGAUACAUCUCAUACCACCGCAUACAUUCGACUCCUUAUCCCAAACCGCGACUCCCCCUCCAACUAA